CCUCCACACAGUGCCACAGUGCACAGUGACUUCUCCACACCGGGACUCCGGAGAGGCCUUCGCCCAGCGCCUGAGGUCGGCAGACACUGAGAGAGGGUUACUUCCCCCUGGACCCUCCCGUCUACACACUCCCUGGGACCCACGAGGGAGGAGGCCCUGGGUCCCUGCUGAGAGCCCACAGCUGGGAAGAAAAUUAUGCUAUAACAACAACAAACAACAAAGAGAAAGUUGAGGACCUCUGACAGCCCUGCCUCUGCCCUGGAGCUGCUACUUGUCUACCUCAGGCCAUGGUUGUACAGAACAGUGUGGAAGGUGGGGACACCAGGAUGGGUGUGCAACUGGAGCCCUUCCUGCACCAGGUUGGGGGACACCUGAGUGUGAUGAAGUAUGAUGAGGACACAGUGUGCAAGCCCCUCGUGUCCCAGGAGCAGAGGUUCUAUGAAUCCCUGCCACUGGCCAUGAAGCGGUUCACCCCACAGUACAAAGGUACCAUCACAGUUCACCUCCGGAAAGACAGCCUAGGCCAUCUCAGCUUGGUUGCCAACCCACUGAAGGAGAACCAGGGGCCCUUAAACAUCCCCUCAGGGUCAGCAGCGGUGGCGAUGUGGCAGAAGCUCCAGCAGACCACGAGCAGCAGUGGCGGCGCAGGUCCCCUCUCCCAGUGGCAGCACACCGAGCUAGCACACUCGCUCAAGGAGAGCCCGGCCACUGGGCACCUGAGGUCUGAGUUCCACCUCAGCAGCCACGUAUCCUCCUUGGUGGAAGAUGCUAAAGAGAACCAGGCCGAGAAGAGGAGCUUUAACCCAUGGGGUCUGCACUGCCAUCAGGCCCACCUGACCCGCCUCUGCACCGAGUACCCAGAGAACAAGUGGCACCGGUUCCUCUUGUUGGAAAAUGUCGUGUCACAGUACAAGCAUCCCUGUGUCUUGGACCUGAAGAUGGGGACUCGGCAGCACGGGGACGAUGCAUCUGAGGAGAAGGCGGCCCGCCAGAUGACGAAGUGUGCACAGAGCACCUCAGCCUGCCUGGGUGUGCGUGUCUGCGGCAUGCAGGUUUAUCAAACAGAUAAGAAGCACUUUCUCUGCAAAGACAAGUACUAUGGGAGAAAACUCUCAGUCGAGGGGUUCAGACAAGCCCUCUAUCAGUUCCUGCACGAUGGCACCCGCCUUCGGACAGAGCUGCUGGGGCCCAUCCAGCACCAGCUCCAGGCCCUCCUCUUGGUCAUCAGGAGCCAGACUUCAUACCGCUUCUACUCCAGCUCCCUCCUCAUCAUCUACGACGGGCAGGAGCCACUGGAAAGAGCCCCGAGUGGACUGCAUCCUCAGGAGGCUCCUCAGACUGCGCACGGCAGCUCUCCCAGAGGUUUCCCCAAGGUUGACAUCCGGAUGAUCGACUUUGCUCACACAACAUACAAGGGCUCCCGGAAUGAGCAUACCACCUAUGACGGACCAGAUCCAGGCUAUAUUUUUGGUCUGGAAAACCUCAUCCAGAUCCUGCAGGAUAUCCAGGAGUGAGAAUGAGACUUAUUGGGCCCAUCCAGAUUUUUCUGCAGUACAAAUCUUAAAAGGGACCCACUGAUAGUGAGGGUAGUCUAGACACCCUUUAGAUGUCUUUGUAAUAACCACAUCUAUAUCCAAAAGCCAUCACUAUACAUGGCAAGCUAUGUUAACAGCUGCUAAAGAAAUCAGCUCUGGAGAUAAUUCACACACCUGGCAUCUUGUGCUAAUGCUGGCCACUGCAGACUGGACAGUCAGUGUGAAAGGACAGCACCUUGGAGCAGAUUGCAGGGGUGCAUGAGUCAGAGGCAGCAUUACAGUGAGACCCUGCAGUGUUUGCAUUUAAAAAUGCUUUCUUGCUGUCAUGCUGCAGUCCUUCCUAGCUGUAAGGCAAAAAACCUUACUUGAAAAGUUGAAGAGAACUGCCUGCUCCCAGGGCAGGGAAGAUAGGGGUAAUGAAUGCCCCUUACCUCCCUAAGAGGCACUGCAGGGGGCGCAGGAUGAAGUAGGACAGACCUAUCAUCUCACCAGCUUUGUACCCAGGUUCGGAGAGAGCAAGGACAAUCCCAGACACAGCACUGGCAAACCAAUACCCCAGGUUCUCAAUUUUUGCCCGUGGAGAGAAAGGUCUCUUUACAGACUUCCAUGUACCUGCUGAAGCAAUGAUUCUGCCAGAACCUGAUCUCAAAAAGGCUCUGAAUCUAACCAUGAAAUGCAAUUUCCAGUGGAGGUGGAAUGUACAUGAGGAGGAGCCACUGAUGUUAAACUAUACUCUCAGUUUUCUAUUUAUUUAUUGGGGGGCGGGGGGGGGCGGUCAGAAGUGAGCAAGGAGCCUGGAGGACUGAGGAAACCAGGUGCAAUGUUUACAAGACCAGGAGACAAGAGUAAGUAUGGAACAAAGAGCAAAUGGUUCUAAUUAAUUCCUUGUUCUACAGUGCGGAAACCUAUUACAAUGCCCUUGAGUUAAGCACUGAGAUACGUUACCCAAUUAGGGAAAUAAAUUUGUUAAUAAAAUUGCUGAGGUCAACAGUGA